AGUCAUAUGCUACCAGAAGAUCUCUUGCAUUCUCUCUAGCAAAUGUGUGACUGUGAGAUAUGAAUUGGUGAUCUCAUUCUUUUGUAAGAACAAUACUAAAACAAUUUAUAAUAAUAUAUUCUUGUAUACUACAUGGAAGCACAGUUCUAUUACACAGCUCUCAAACAUGAAAAAGUUGAUUACGUUAGUUACAUCUAAGAACAACUCUACUUUAACAUCCAGUUAUAUUCCAAACUGCUCUUCCUUUCCCUUUUCUUCUUUUUCUUCUGUGCACAACUCUAAGAUGACCAUCAUAGUCUGAACAUAAAUCUUUAUGCAAAUAUCAACAGCAAAGAUCAGUGCUAUUUCCAUAUUUAGGACUUCCUCAACUGCUAGAGCCACUCCUCUAAGAUCCCUUAAGUGCAACUCCAACAGCUACCUCGUACCAGCUUCAUUUUGGAAAAAAAAAAAUGUUUUUUUUCACACUUUUGCUGUUUUCUUACUCUCAAACAUCUCAGCAGAUUCAGAAUGCGACUGCAGACUGCAGAGAGAUCCUCUCCAACCCCAGGCUCACACCUCUUCAUGGUACUUUGGACGUAGUGAUGAACCAGAAUGUAAGCCUCUCUUGCCACUCAGACUCUGGAUCUCCUCCUGUCAGAUAUACACUAUUUAAACACAGUCAGAAGGUGUCUGCUUUAAAUAGGACAGACUUGAAUCCAGCUUUGUUUAACUUAACUAUCAAUUCUGCCAGCGAUGUGGGUGAAUACAAGUGCAAAGCUGAGAAUGAAAUCUCCAAUGGUGAAAAAUACAGCAGAAGUCUCAACUUCACACUUAAAGAGCCAGUUUCCAAACCAGUGCUGAGCUCACCCAAUUCUCAAGCAAAGAAAGGUCAAAACGUGACCUUGUCUUGUCUCUCAGAGAAAGGCUCUCUCCCUAUCACAUACACAUUCUUCAAAGACAAACAGAGCAUCCAAGCUCCGGUGAAGAUGCAGAACAGGGAAGCAGCAGUGAUUUCUGUACUUAUCAAAUCCUCUAGUGACUUUGGAAUGUAUAAAUGCAAAGCUGAAAAUCGCCUUCGCAAUAAUACAAAAUACAGCAACAGUUUCAAUUUCACAUUAGCAGAAGAGAGAAGCAAUUCUCAACCCCUGAUCAUUUCCCUUGGAUUGAUCUUACUACUGUUAGCAAUAGGACUUGCUCUGGCAAUUCCAUUUUUCAUAAUCCCUUCAUAUAAAGCAAAAAAAUGUAAACGUCCUAUGUCCUCAACUGGCCAUACUUCAAUAGAGAAAGUAGAAGAGUCAGAAGACCGCAUCACAUACGCAGAGAUUGAGCCAGUUCAACCAGAAGAAGAAUACGUCAACCUCUCUGUUAUAAGAAGAGAUGAACAAGAGAACAGAUCGUGUGCUACAAUCUAUUCAAAGGUCCUCAUCAGAGAUGGAGCACAAGCUGGACCACUCCAUUCUCCAGAGUAGAAUCACUUAUCAAAACCAUGAAGAGAACACUCAUCUCAUCAUACCUGCAAAGAAAAGAUCACAUCCAUUACUGCUUUUGAUGUAUGAAAUUUCAGAUAAGUUAUGUAUCAUAACCUGAAUGAAUUUAUUUUGGCUACAAUGCACAGUGCCAAGACACUCAUUUUCUUACAUUCCUUGCUCUCCUGACUGCAUUUCUUUAAGUUAUUAUAUUACUUUAGUGCAUUAAUUGUUAUUUAAUGACCUAUUAUAAGAGUAUUUUUAUACAAGUGAUUAUUCUGUUAUUUAAUAGCCAGACUUUGAAGACUACUGUACAUGAACCAAUCAUUAUAUCUGUUUUUCAUGCA